AUGCCCAAGAAGAUCACAUCAUAUGUUCCUGGAUCCUGUCUCGAGGAGCUUUCGAGAUUCGAUGAAGAUAUCGAUCAAAACACUCCACCACGUGAUCAUCAGGUGACUGUACAGGCUUCCGAGUCUCUUGUAAAGUUUAAAAGUUUGAACUCUAAUCAACAAGAUUUCUUCCCACAAAAGCAACAACAAAGCGUCAUGGUCAUUUUUAGCACGCCAGAUCAAAAUUGCAAUACGGAAUACUAUCUUACUAGUAGGAGUGGAGGUUGA